CUUCAUCCUCCAAUUAGAAAAUACAUGGGUUUGUUGAGCAAAUAUGUCAAAGAAUCUGUAAAUAAAGUUACAAAAGGACAGUACGACGGAAACUUCGGUGAAGGCAAUUCAACUCAGCACGCUAAGUCAUAUGGUUUGCAUGCCAGUGACAAUGACGACAUAGAUCGUGCUAUUGCAUUGUCCUUAUCAGAGGAAGCUCGAAAGAAGGGGAAAGCUAUUGACAAUGAUGAUCAUUUAGGGGAAGAUGAAGAGCUUGAACGUGCUCUGCAAGAAAGUCUGAAGGAUGAACAUCCUCGUUGUCAAAAUGGUCCGGUGGGGGAUGUUCACUCAGAUAGUACUCCAGCAACUAGCUUACUGCCACGUAUUUUGCCCUCGAGUGGAGUGAGGGUUUGUGCUGGAUGUAAAACUCCACUUGGGCAUGGACAGUUUCUCAGUUGUAUGGAUUCUGUUUGGCACCCUCACUGUUUCAGGUGUUUAUCUUGCAGUAUGCCAAUAUCAGAGUGUGAGUUUGCAGUACAUGAAGACCAUCCAUACCACAGUUCCUGCUACAAGGAGCUCUUCCAUCCAAAAUGUGAUGUUUGCAAGACCUUUAUUCGAACAAAUAAAAAAGGUUUCAUUGAAUACCGGGCCCAUCCUUUCUGGAUGCAGAAGUAUUGUCCUUCACACGACAAUGAUGGUACCCCUAGGUGCUGCAGUUGUGAACGAAUGGAGCCAAAGGAUAUCAAGUACAUCACAUUGGAUGAUGGCCGGAAACUCUGCUUGGAGUGUCUAUAUUCUUCAAUAAUGGACACGAACGAGUGCCAACCAGUAUACAUUGAUAUCCAGGAAUUUUACGAGGGUUUGAACAUGAAAGUAGAACAACAAAUUCCCUUGCUUUUGGUUGAACGUCAAGCUUUAAAUGAAGCCAGGGAGGCAGAGAAAAUGGGGCAUCACCUUCCUGAAACCAGGGGUCUCUGCCUGUCAGAAGAGCAAAUUGUCAGAAUUAUAUUGAGGCGACCAGUAAUUGGACCAGGAAAAAAAAUCAUAGACAUUUCUACAGGACCAUACAAACUAGCUCGGCGGUGUGAAGUGACUGCAAUUCUUGUACUCUAUGCUUUGCCAAGACUGCUCACUGGCUAUAUUCUAGCUCAUGAGAUGAUGCAUGCGUACCUUCGACUUAAAGGAUAUCGAAUCCUUAGUCCAGAGGUUGAAGAAGGCAUCUGUCAGGUUCUAGCUCAUCUCUGGCUUGAGUCUGAAAUCGUAUCAGGUUCAAGUAGUAGUAUUGCAACCACCUCUGCAGCAGUAGCAGUAGCAGCAGAAGCAGAAGCAACAGCAGCUCUAGCAGCGGAAGCAACAGCAGCACUAGCAGCGGAAGCAACAGACGCAACAGAAACACCUUCGGAAUCCUCCUCAACGAAAAAAGGAGAAAAGACUGACUUUGAGAAAAAACUUGGAGAAUUCUUCAAGCACCAGAUUGAAACAGAUCCCUCUGCAAUAUACGGAGAUGGGUUUCGGGCAGGCAUGAAGGCAGUUGAGAGCUAUGGCUUGAGAGGUACCCUUGAUCAUAUCAAGCGGACGGGUUUUUUCCCACGUUGAGGCCAGGGAUGCGUAUUCAAUGUGUGAUUGAGCAUGGGGCAUAUACUAUGAGGAUUUUUUGGGUUCAAAGUUUGGUAUACCAAAGUUAUAUACAUUGA